AAAAUAAUUGUCCACAUAACAAAAAAAAAAAAAAGUGAAACGACACGUGGCAGCUCACACCAUCACCAGCCAAACUUCUCAUUUGCUUAUAAAAAUAAAAUAAAAAACCAUUCACAUGGUUUUGCUACAGAGCAAUGCAGACAAUGGCGAAACCCACCUUGCCGCUAAUCUUCUCCCUCCUCCUCCUCCUGUUGAGCCGCCACUACUCCGCCGCGGACGGCGGCGGAGGAAGCCCGAUAAAGACGGUGGUGGUGAUGGUGAUGGAGAACAGGUCAUUCGACCACAUGCUUGGUUGGAUGAAGAAGCUCAACCCUGAAAUCAAUGGAGUUGAUGGGUCCGAAUAUAACCGAAUCAGCACAACCGACCCGAAUUCACCUCGGGUCGUGUUCGGAGAUAAAUCGCACUUCGUCGACCCUGACCCGGGACACUCAUUCCAGGCCAUAAGGGAGCAGAUAUUCGGGUCGAACGUCACCUCCUCCGACAGGCCGCCGCCGAUGAACGGCUUUGCUCAACAAGCUUUUUCUAUGGACCCGAAUAUGACUCAGAGUGUUAUGAACGGGUUUCAUCCCGAUAAGGUUGCGGUGUACAAAUCCUUAGUGUCGGAAUUCGCCGUGUUCGACCGGUGGUUCGCGUCGGUGCCGGCAUCCACGCAGCCAAACCGUCUCUACGUUCACUCCGGCACCUCUCACGGCGCCACCUCCAAUAUAGCAGCGCUGCUCGCCAAGGGCUACCCGCAGCGCACAAUCUUCGAGGAUCUGGACGACGCCGGAGUAUCUUUCAGAAUAUACUUCCAGAAUAUUCCGGCCACCUUCUUCUACAGAAACCUCAGGAAGGUCAAGUACCUCCUGAAAUUCCGGCCCUACGCAUUGUCCUUCAAGAGCGACGCCAAGAAGGGCAAGCUCCCGGGCUACGCUGUGGUGGAGCAGCGGUACAUGGACUCUAAGGUGGAACCCGCAAACGACGACCACCCGUCGCACGAUGUUUACCAAGGGCAGAUGUUUGUGAAGGAGGUGUACGAGACUCUGAGGGCUAGCCCGCAGUGGAACGAGACCCUCCUAUUGAUCACGUACGACGAGCACGGUGGUUUUUACGAUCACGUCCCGACCCCGAAUGCCGGAGUGCCGAGCCCGGAUGACAUUGUGGGGCCCGACCCGUUUUUCUUCAAGUUCGAUAGAUUGGGUGUGAGGGUUCCCACUAUUGCUAUCUCUCCUUGGAUUCAGAAAGGCACCGUUGUUCAUGGCCCUAACGGCUCGCCUACUCCGACAUCGGAAUACGAGCAUUCUUCGGUUCCGGCGACAGUGAGGAAAAUAUUUAACCUCUCAUCGCCUCCUCUUACAAAGAGGGAAGCAUGGGCAGGCACUUUUGAGGGCAUUUUUGGAAAACUCAAGCAGCCAAGAACCGAUUGCCCCGAGCAACUUCCGAAUCCGGUGAGAAUCAGGGAGACGGAAGCGAAUGAAGAAGCACAAGUGACGGAAUUCCAACAAGAGCUGCUGCAACUUGCAGCGGUUUUGAAAGGCGAAGAUGUAUUGACGAGUAAUCUUGCCAAGUUUGGCAAGGAUAUGACUGUGAGAGAAGGGAAAGAAUACAUGGAGAGCGCUGUCAGAAGCUUCUUCGAAGCGGGUUUAGCUGCUAAAAAGAUGGGUAUUGACGGCGAACAAAUCGUCAAAAUGCGACCCUCUCUCUCCACAAGAACUUAGAGAGAGAAAUAAAGUAUAUGUAAAGAAAGUACAAGAUUUGUUAUUGCUAUGAAAUAUUUGUAUGAAUUGAGUUGAUAAUAAGUGAAAUCGAUGAAUCGAACCAUUUCAAUU